CUGAAGAUGGCGGCGAUGAGAAACCCGCUGCAGAAUGUAAGAUGCUCUUUUAAUCACAAUAACAACAACAGCAGCAACAGCAAGGAGAACACAUCGCUUGUGUAUAGGGAUGCAAUUCAGUACUGACACAGGGGCUUGACUGCUGAGAGUCCAUAAACUAGGGCUCGCUUGCUGUGUGUGGAGUGGAUUUGAAGGCGAGAGCUUUCCUUCUUUCUUUUGCUAGUGCCGCUGGAUUGGAAACACACAAAGGAAGUACAAACUGAAUUACACUGUUGGAUCGCGCUUGUCGGAUCUGGGGAGUUAAACGCAUCUUAAACGCGGGCUUUUACCAUCAUGUAUUUUUUAACUGGCUGGCCCAGGAGACUACUGUGUCCUUUGAAAAGUGAAGAGAAACCGUUUCACAUCCAGCCAGACUCCCAUAGAGUUUUCUUCGCAGUGUUGUCACAAACUCAGAUCAGCAUCUGGUACAGCCGGCCCAGUGUUCUUAUAGUGAGUUACAAAGAAUCUGCAAAGGCGGCCUCCCAGUUUGGGUCCUACGAGCAGGCAGAAUGGAGGCCAGACAGCACCAUGAUAGCUGUGGCAACUGCAAAUGGAUACAUCUUACUGUUUGACAUCCUGGCUGCCGGAGAGGACAAAUUUCUCUACGAACCUGUGUAUCCCAAAGGGAGUCUUCGUAUGAAAGUGACACCCAGCUACAAAGAGGAACAAUGUGCUCCUGCAUUAAGUGUGGAAUUGAAGAAGGUGAUGGACUUGCAAGCACCCAUCACAAGCUUGCAGUCAAUGCAGGAAGACCUGGUGGUUGCCACUGCUGACGGCCUUCUCCAUCUCAUUCACUGGGACGCAGUGACGAAUGGGAGGAAGGAUAUCAAUGUCUGUACAGUUCCCUUUUCUGUAGACCUGCAGUCCUCAAGGGCAGGACCUUCGCUGGAUUUCAGAGGUGUGCACAUUAGAGACAUGGAGUACUGUAUAACCCUGGAUGGCUUUGCUGUGGUCUUUAAUGAUGGACGCGUGGGCUUUAUUACUCCAAUCUCAAGCAGAUUGUCUGCAGAGCAACUGCGAGGUGUGUGGGCACAGGAUGUACUAGACGGCACCUGUGUAGCUGUAAACAACAAGUACCAAUUAAUGGCGUUUGGAUGUGCAAGCGGCUCUGUUUUAGUUUACACAAUAGAUGCAGCAACAGGAUCAAUGCAGCUUUCGCACAAGUUAGAAUUAACAGCAAAACACUAUCCUGACGCUUGGAAUAAAACAGGAGCUGUGAAGUUGAUCCGUUGGUCACCAGAUUACAGUGUGACCAUGGUGACUUGGGAAUGUGGAGGCCUAUCCUUGUGGAGUGUGUUUGGUGCUCACCUCAUCUGUACGCUAGGAGAGGACUUUGCCUAUCGAUCUGAUGGCACAAAGAAAGACCCUAUUAAGAUAAGCUCUAUGAGCUGGGGUGCGGAAGGUUAUCACCUGUGGGUUAUCAGCAGCGAUGUUUCCAAGCCUCUGGAAAGCGAGUCGGAGAACAAAGCUGCCACGCAGCAAUCUGAUAUCCUGCAAUUUCAGUUCAUCAAGAGCGCCUUAACAGUGAACCCUUGCAUGAGUACCCAAGAGCAGGUUCUGCUGCAGGGGGAGGAUCGUUUGUACCUGACAUGCGGGGACCCAGCUCAGGCCCAGAGUACCAGUACAUCCUCCGCCAACACUGACCACCGGGCUUUCAAGGAAAGGAAUCCCCUCCCCAACACCAUUUCAAUAUCUCAGGGUUUAAGCACUUUAUUAGGACACAGACAUUGGCAUGUUGUGCAGAUUCACAGCACAUAUUUGGACAGCAAUUGGCCAAUAAGGUUUGCAGCUGUAGACACACUGGGACAGUGUGUUGCAGUAGCUGGCAGAUUUGGCUUUGCACACUACUCCUUCGUUACAAGGAAAUGGAAACUGUUUGGAAAUAUCACCCAGGAGCACAAUAUGAUGGUGACUGGUGGCUUAGCAUGGUGGAAUGACUUCAUUGUAAUUGCCUGUUAUAAUUUGAUAGCCCAACAAGAAGAGCUAAGACUCUACCUGAGGUCCUCCAAUCUCGACAACGCCUUUGCCAACGUCACCAAACUGCAUUCAGAGACGUUGCUAAUAAACGUUUUCAGGAACAUGGUGAUAUUAUUUAGAGCAGAUUGCUCCAUUUGCCUUUACAGUGUUGAGAAGAAGCAGGACAGUACAAACCCAACUGCCAGUAUUGAGCUUCUCCAAGAGGUGUCCAUGUCUCGAUACAUCCCCCACCCUGCCCUUGUGGUGUCAGUGACACUGACCUCCGUGAGAACUGAGACUGGCAUCACCCUGAAAGCACCACAGCAGGCUUCUGCUGCAGAGAGCAUUAUGUUGAACCUGGCAGGGCAGCUGAUCAUGUUACAGAGGGAUCGCUCUGGUCCUCAGGUCCGGGAAAAAGAGACCAUAGCGAAUCAAAAGAAGCUGCUUCCAUUCUGCGCCCCUGUGGUCCUGGCCCAGUGCGUGGAGAAUGUGUGGACGACCUGCCGGGCCAACAAGAAUAAGCGCCACCUUCUGGAGGCACUGUGGCUGUCCUGUGGGGAGGCAGGCAUGAAGGUGUGGCUGCCACUCUUCCCCCGGGACAACCGAAAACCACACUCAUUCCUGUCAAGGCGCAUCAUGCUGCCCUUCCACAUCAACAUCUACCCACUGGCGGUGCUGUUUGAGGACGCUCUGGUGCUGGGGGCCACCAACGAAACGGUGCUGUAUGACGGGCUGCCCCGUGCGGGGGUGGCUGGGGCUGGCGAGCCCUUGGAGGCACUUUUCCCCUUCUGCACCGUGGAGCGCACCUCCCAGAUCUACCUCCACCACAUCCUGCGGCAGCUGCUGGUGCGCAACUUAGGGGAGCAGGCCCUGCUGUUGGCCCAGUCCUGUGCCGGCCUUCCUUACUUCCCUCACGUGCUGGAGCUGAUGGUCCACGUGGUGCUGGAAGAGGAAGCUACCUCGCGGGAACCCAUUCCCGACCCUCUGCUUCCCACUGUGGCCAAGUUCAUUACCGAGUUCCCCCUCUUCCUCCAGACCAUUGUGCACUGUGCCCGGAAGACAGAGUACGCCCUCUGGAACUAUUUGUUUGCUGCUGUCGGCAACCCUAAGGACCUGUUUGAGGAGUGUCUCAUGGCACAGGACCUAGAAACAGCUGCUUCCUAUCUAAUUAUCUUACAGAACAUGGAAGUACCAGCAGUAAGCAGACAGCACGCGACACUGCUUUUCAACACCGCUCUGGAACAGGGGAAGUGGGACCUGUGCCGUCACAUGAUUAGAUUUCUGAAAGCCAUUGGCUCUGGAGAAACAGAGACACCACCGACCACACCCACCACUCAGGAACCCAGCUCAGCAGGAGGAUUUGAAUUCUUUAGGCAUCGAAGUAUCAGCUUAUCACAAUCAACAGACAGUCUCGCAGCCUGGAAAUUCAGUCUCCAGAAGACGCUAAGCAUGCCUUCAGGACCGUCUGCCAAAAGGUGGAGUAAAGAAAGUGAAUGUGCUGAGAACAUGUACAUUGACAUGAUGCUAUGGCGGCAUGCACGAAGGCUGCUGGAGGAAGUCCGGCUAAAGGACCUUGGCUGCUUUUCCGCCCAGCUGGGCUUUGAGCUGAUUGGCUGGCUGUGUAAAGAACGGACCCGAGCUGCCCGUGUCGAUGACUUUGUGAUGGCUUUGAAAAGGCUUCACAAAGACUUCCUCUGGCCCUUUCCAGUCAUUCCUGCCAGCUCCGUAAACUCCCCGUUCAGAAACGGCAGAUAUAGAACAGCUGUUGGAGAGCACUUGCUGAAAUCGCAGUCGGCAGAUAGCCUGAUAAACAAUGAGAUGGACACCGGUGCCUCCAACGCCCCUCGCAGCCACAGCUGGCUGGACAGCCUGAACUCUGCCUCGAGAGAGAUGGACACCGCCUCGUCACAUGGAGCGCACACACAGGAGGCCUUUCUCUCACCUCUCCUCAACAAAGGUGGGCAUUUGGAUCACUUGACACGCUCUGCGACGAGACCCCUGACAGAGACCAGCUCCACAGCGGAUGGGGACUGGACGAUGGUGGACGAGAGUUUCUCCACCCUCAGUCUGACACAGUCCGAGCUGGAACAUAUGUCCAUGGAACUGGCAAACAAAGGACCUCAUAAGUCCCAGGUGCAGCUGAGGUACUUGUUGCACAUCUUCACUGAGGCAGGCUGCCCGGAGUGGUGCAUCAUCAUAGGCAUCAUUAUGCGAGAGGCUUCUGUGAUCAGUCAGGUGGUCAGCUGUCUCCAGUCUACAGAAGUCCCAGCUGACACCGUGCUGAAUAUCAAGAACGGCCUACUGGCAGUGGACACAUGGGCAUCAACAGACUGUCUGGGCUACAAGCCUUUCCUCAACCUGAUCCGACCGCAGCUUCAGAAGCUAGUGGAGGUGACCCCAGAGCAGGUGCAGCCCGAAGCUUUCCAGCCAACCAGCACCUCCAAGCUGGUAGAGCCUGUCUGUCCUUGGCCAGACGACAGCCGGGGUGGUCUUGCAAGCCACAACACCAGCGUGCAGAGUGAGGAGGGCAGCAGUGCCAGCCGGCUGGAGGAGGACAGCCCCGGGGAGGAACAGGAGGAGCAGCCUUUAGAGGAGGGCACAUAUGACUGCACUCUGUCUUAACAGGAGAGUGUGGUGGGUGGGGGCACACACACAGUAUUAAUCAGUGGUAUAGCUGGGCAUUUGCCAAUCAGUGCAACCCAGGAGGCCCAGGUAAAGACAUUGGCCUCCUUUUUGUUUUAAGAAAAUAGAGAAUCAGGAGUAUUGCAUUUCUUUUUUUAUUACAAAAAAAACAAUUAUUGUACCUUUCCCAGAUUCUCGAAUUUUAAUGUGUCACGAAGAGAAGAUUAAUACCUGUCAUUGUAAGGGGUGAAAAGAUGGACACUUAAGAGCUUAGGUUGGCUGUCAAUCAUCUAAAGGUAAUUGUUGGGGAAAGCAGCAGGACUUAAGUCUUGACAGUAAAGUUUUUAGUAAUUUAAGAAGAGAAAAGUCUUUAACAGAAUUAUAGCUUACCCUAAAAACAUUGUUAAAUAAAAACUUUUACAUUAUAAUUAAGUUUUAAACUAAAGUGAUAAAGACACAUGCAUCAGUCAAUGAAUGAAUAAAUGUUUUAAGAAUAGUUUCUUUUAUUUGAAUCAUUUAUAUUGAAAUUUGAAUCCUAUGGAAAACAAAUGUAACACUAUACAUAACUGAAUUAAAAGAAAAAAACAUAUAUAAGGCUGAACUUGGCUCAUGAUUACCCAAUUCCUAGCAUGCCACGUUACUUAAUGUGCUAAUCACAUUGUGAUGAGAGCAAUAGGGUUGAAUUGUAAGAGAUUGUAAGUAUUCUUGAAAUAUUAACAUUUGUGAAUCUGGGAAUAAAUGAUGCUUAAAAAGAAGACAAGUGUUUUAACUGGUGUUGAUGUUUAGUGAAAUUAAUUUUUUCAUCUGUUGCACGCUGGUGUUGAAACAAACACCCAAGAUAUUCAUUACCUAGGGUGCCUGGAAGCUUGCUUAUAAACCCAGUGCAAGCAUUACAAAACAUGUACCUUACACAGUGACAAAGUCCUGGUGUUACCCAUCCCACCAAUCUCCCCUCAAAUGAUUAGAAGCACUUGUAGAAGAUGAACACAUGCAUUCCUGCAUACACAAUAACACAAAAAGAAUGGGGUUUGGGGAACAGUUCUUUAAUCUUGGGGAUACUGCAUGCAUCAAGCAGUGUGAUAUGAUUUCAUCAGCAUGAAGUGGUAAUUUCUCAAACGUUUUAUUGUGAUAGUGGUAGUUGUUUCCUGCUUCCUUUGACAGUGUUGCAGGCACAGGUUUAAGUUCAUCAUCAUUUGAGUCUUUUUUUUUUUUUAAAAACCACUGUAAUUAUUUCGACCACCGUGGCUACACAGUUCUGCUUAGGAAACCAAAAGUAAACGAGGAGAGGGAAGUUUGAAAGCAAAGUUGAAUACUAAUCAAAUCUGAGUUUGUUUUUCUGUUUUUGUUCUUUUUAUGUAUGUUUUCUCCAGAAUUAAUCUCUUGUCUUGGUCCAAGUAUUUUGUAUAGUGUUUUUAAAGCAUAUUGUACGUUAUUGUGAAUACUGUUGUAUAAAGGAACCUUUUCAAGUUUCUGACAGCAGCACUUGUGUAAAUAUUGAACAGUACAUAUUUGCAUGCAUGUUGCAUAGUUUUAAUAUCACUUGUAGUGGCUGUAGGAUCCACAAAAAUACAACCGAUGAUGAACGGGUCAAAACUGCAGUGAAAGCGACAAAGAAAGGGAGCUAAACUGUACUGGGAAUGGUCCUUUUCAUCAGAGAACAGAACAAACAGACAGCUGCAAAAGUUCUCCUUAAGUAUUUGAAAAAUAUUUAUGUUGAAUACAGUUAAAUAACCAGUCCAGUUCAUGAAAAUCUCAAGCUCAAUAUUCAUCCUGCCAAGCUUUUGGAUAGCUAUUAUUGUCCUCAUCAAGCAGAAAAUAUGAAUUUCAGCUCUUAUUUAUUGCUCUCGAGAAUUCAUUCUUGGAGAGCAAAUGCUUCUCAUGAAUGUAAAUAGUAUACAGAAUUAAAUCAUGUAUUCUUAUAGCCUGACUUAGUUAAUAUGUAGCAAUGUAAAAGGAUGCACACUAAAGUGAAAAAAAGUUCAAUUCGUUUUACUAAAGAAAUGCCAUUUUAUACAUGUAUUUUUAAAAAGAACAAUUAUUUUUCAUCCUCAUAGUGCUGUACUUCAGAACAAAAUAUGCAUUGACCAAGUAUUUUAAAAGUAUCAUACCUGUUUUCAUUUAUUCUAAUAGUUUCUACCUAGAGCAGUAUUAACAAAGAUAUUAGCAUACAUUUGUGACGGUGCACUUUAAAUAAAAGAAUGCAGAAAUGUUACUUAUUUUAUACAAGAAUGGAGUAGUCUAUUUUUAUAGAGCUUUACUGUAUAAGAUUUUCUCUUGUUUUCUUUAUAUGGACCAAAAUGUUCCAAACUGAAAUGCUACCUGCCUUUGCUAAACUAACUCCAUCCCGUUGAUGAUAAAAUAUGUAUUGUGCAACCUUGAAUUAAAAAAAAGGGUCCUAGGAUUUUGUUUUGUUUUUUCAACUUUUUUCUGGAAAGUGUCAACCUUCUCUCUUAUAAUAUCUCCAGCAAAGAUGCCACUUUACACUUUAUUUAUAGAUCAACCCAUAUUCAUAUAUUGUACUGCCAGAUAAGUCCUUUUGGUACUUUACUGUCACUGAUCUGUGCAGUCUCUGAGUGACACAGCUGUCAACAGUUUGUUUAUAUUACUGCCUAGGCUGUGUUACUGCAGUUCUAUUUCAUUAUUGUCUUGUGCUGACCAAAGAAAAUACUUGAUUCCUGAUUAAUAUAGACUAAUUCGGACUGUUUUUCACUGAUUUAAUUCCAGAGAGAUAAAGCAACCUGUGCUGAAUAAUCCUGGGAAUCCAAAAAUAGUGUGGUUCCAUCAUUCAUAAGGAUAAUUUUAGUGAAACCACUGUGAAACCUUUCUUCCUGUCAUGCACCUUGGCAUUAAAAGAAACUAUAUAUUAUUGGCUUUUUUAAUUCACAUAAUGGGAUGUAUUUUAAUAAUUUGUAUAGUGGUGCACCUAUAAACAUACAUGCUUUAAUUCUAUGUACAAAAUGUAGUUGUCUGUAUAUUUGAAUGAGCCAGGCUGGUCCAUCGAUGUCCAACCAAUUUUUUUUUUUUUUUUUGUGAUCCCUGUAAAGGUUUCCGCAAUAUGUGAAAUACACUGUUUUUCAGGUGAGAACUGGAAACUGAACAGAAAGGAAAUUCCUCUUACAGGUCAGUUCACCCUUAGAAAAAAAAAUUUAACUGUUCUCACAGUGAAAAUGGAAUUCUAAUAGUCAGAAAUAUUGUAUUUUUUUUUUAAUUAAAGCAUUUAAAUAUUUCUGUGUGCAAGGGUGAUCUAUACAUCAAAUAACACUUUAGACAUAAUGUGUCAAUAUUGAAUCCAUGGGUUACAGAAAUAACAGUAGAAUAAACUGAACUGACCUGUUGGAUGACCUUUCUUUACCUUCCGCUUCUAAUUCUCCUCUGAAGAUGAGACCUUUGUGUUUUGACAGCUGAUUUGUUUUAGCAAUAUUCAGCUGAUACUAUUAAAAGGAAUGUUAAAAAGUUCAAGUUAAAUAUUUUCAAACAGUAAGAUUCUGAAAGCAAGGGCACUAGUAAUUAAGAUCUUCCGCUGUUUAGUUCAUUAAAAUAGACCCUGACAUCUCUGCAAAGAAUUCCAGGGAAGGGAAAGAUUGUUAAUUUUCAAAAUUGGUACCAAAAAACUUCAUAUGCAGGUCUUAGUGACCUUGAUUACAGUGUGCAGGUGUGUUAAAUUGCAUUAAAUAUUCAGCUGAAGAUCAGCCCAAAGGCAAACAGGUUUUUUCUUCUGUUUAACCAAUUGCAUUUUCCAUUUAAUUUCACUGUAAAGUAAUUUAAUCAAGAUUUAAUCAUUUCAGAUGUUGCUUAGCCAUCAGGCUUCACAAAUCUCUUUUCUGCAGUAAAGUAACACCUGUCUGACACAUUCAGGUUAAUGGAGUAUAAAUGCUGAAUACAAUGCAGUGUAUAGUUUUUGUCUCUACUAUACAUUUUUUAUCUGUUUUCUGUACAUAAAAAAACCCCAAUAAAUUAUAAAAACAAUAAAAAA